CAUCUAACGGUGCCAGAAAGAUGGGGGAUCUUCCUGAAAGAUUUUGUUACGUAUAUAGCUGUGAUUUAGAUGUGAAUGUACAGCUUAAAAUUGGUACUCUUGAAGGGAAGCGUGACAGGCCUGGAUAUAAGCAGUUGGUAAAUGAUCCAUUGUUGAGGUUCUCUGGAGCCUGUAAGGACAGCUGCUCUGACCUGUAUGUCACCUGCCAGGUGUAUGCAGAUGGCAAACCUCUCACUCUGCCAGUGAGGACAGCAUACAAGGCAUUCAGUACCAGAUGGAAUUGGAAUGAAUGGUUAACACUGCCUGUGAAGUACAGUGACCUUCCUCGGAAUGCCUUGGCCUGUUUUACAAUAUGGGAUAUCUAUGGUCCCAGGAAUGCCAUUCCAGUAGGGGGAACCACAAUGCCAUUGUUUGGAAAACAUGGAACUUUCCGUCAGGGAAUGCAUGACUUAAAAGUAUGGCCAGACUUGGAAGCAGAUGGCCAUGUUGGUUCCACCACUCCAGGCAAGAUAGAUGGGUCAAAAGAUGAAAUGAGCAGACUGGCUAAGCUGAGCAUAAAGCACAAAGAUGGACACAUGCUGAAGGUGGACUGGCUAGACAGGCUGACCUUUAGGGAAAUAGAGAUGAUUAAUGAAAAGCAGAAAAGAGAUUCAAACUUCAUGUACCUCAUGGUAGAAUUCCCACUGAUUCAUUAUGAAGGAACAGAGUUUGCAGUUGUUUACUUUGAGAAGGGAGGGGAUGAAAUUCUUCCAGUGAGGACAAAUGCUGAUAUUGUCUCUGUGCCAGAUGCUGAAAUAUCACUAGAAAACUUAGUUGAAAGCAAACAUCAUAAGUUGGCUCGUAGUCUGAGGACAGAUAGGGACUUGAAACCUAAUGCAGGCAACAGGGAUCAACUGAAUACUAUACUUGGAUAUCCUCCGACUAAAACCUUGACAUCAGAGGAACAAGAUUUGUUGUGGAAGUUCAGAUUUUAUCUCUCAGAAAAGAAAAAAGCUUUGACCAAGUUCCUGAAGUGUGUGAAGUGGGACAUCCCCCAGGAGGUGAAACAAGCAUUGGAUCUGAUGCAGAAAUGGAGUCCUAUAGACCCAGAGGAUGCUCUGGAGCUUCUGUGCCCAGCAUUUACUUAUCCUGCAGUGAGGAAAUAUGCUGUUAGCAGACUGCAGCAGGCUGAUGAUGAGGAUCUUCUCCUCUACCUGCUGCAACUUGUUCAGGCCUUAAAGUAUGAGAAUUUUGAGGAGAUCAGAGCAGGCCAGGAAACUUCUCCAAGCAAUCGGCAGGUUUCUGGCUCAGUAUUGGGAGAAAGUGCAAUGUCCACUAAGACCUCUCACAUUCAAGGAGAUCACACAGGCGGUAGAACAUCAAGGAGUGCAAGCACUACCAGCAAUGCACCCAUCAUGUCCCCUGGAGAGUCUGGAUCCCCUGAUGAUAUCAUGGAGGCUAUCAAAGCUGCCUCAGUGGAUGAAAACAGACUGGAGGACCAAAUGGAUCUAGCUACAUUCCUCAUAUCAAGAGCAUCAAAGAACUUUAAAUUGGCUAAUUAUUUAUACUGGUACCUUGUGGUAGAGUGUGAUGACCAGGAUAACUCCGCCUCUAAAGAUGAAAAGAUAAAGAGCAUGUAUAUCACAGUUUUGAAGAGAUUUAGCCAGGCCUUGAUGAGGCUUGGCCCAGAAUACAGGCUAAUGAGGUCAAUGAUAGCAUCACAGAAAACCUUUCAAGAUAAAUUAGUCCAAUUAGUGAAAAUGGUAACCAGAGAAAGUGGGAGUAGAACAAAGAAGAUUGAAAAAUUGCAAGCAUUGUUAACAGACCAUGAAACUUUCAAGUUCAAUUUUGCUGGCUUUGAUCCUAUUCCUUUGCCUCUGGAUCCAGAAGUAAAGAUAAAAGCACUAUUACCAGACAAAGCAACAUUAUUUAAGAGCCAGCUAAUGCCCUGCAAACUUGCCUUUAAAACAGUGGAAGAAACUGAAUAUAUAGCCAUGUUUAAACUAGGCGACGACUUACGUCAGGAUCAGUUGGUAUUGCAGAUGAUAAGCCUAAUGGACAAACUUCUGAGACAGGAAAACUUAGACUUGAAGCUCACACCAUACAAAGUAUUGGCUACAAGCUGUAAAAAUGGUUUUGUUCAGAUUGUUGAAUCCACCAAUGUAGCAGUUGUUUUAUCAUCGGAAGGAAGCAUUCAGAACUUUCUUAGAAAGUAUUCCCCAUUUGAAACUGGACCAUAUGGAAUUCGCAAUGAGGUCAUGGAUAACUAUGUAAAAAGUUGUGCUGGCUACUGCGUCUUGACCUACUUGCUGGGUGUUGGAGACAGGCACUUGGACAAUCUACUGAUCACAAAAUCAGGCAAGAUGUUUCAUAUUGAUUUUGGCUAUAUACUUGGAAGGGAUCCUAAGCCAUUUCCACCUCCCAUGAAACUUAGUAAGGAAAUGGUAGAAGCAAUGGGAGGCACUAGCAGCAAACAGUUUGAAGAUUUCAGAACAUUAUGUUAUACAUCUUUUCUUCAUUUAAGAAGGUCAGCAAACUUGAUUCUUAAUCUUUUUUCACUGAUGAUCCAUGCCAAUGUCCCUGACAUAGCUCUGGAACCCGACAAGACUGUAAAAAAGGUGCAAGACAAAUUCAAACUGGAGCUGUCUGAUGAAGAAGCAGUUCGCCACUUACAGAAUGAAAUUGAUGUUAGUGUGUCUGCUUUCAUGGCUGGGAUUGUGGAGCAGUUUCAUAAAAUGGCACAGUAUUGGAGGAAGUGAUGCUUCAUUGAUUUUAAGAGAUGGAAGUUUUUAGGUGCCAUAUGUAAACAAAUAAAAGACACAAUGUGGAAACACAUUUAUAGACGGUGACAUUUUUGAAAGACGUGAAAAUUUGCAAUAAUGCAAAGUACAUUCUGCACGAAAAUUUCAUUGAUUUUAAUUGGUCAGGGUCUGGGAACUGGAAUAGGUCUGCAUUAUUUGAUUUUAUUUUAGAAGGGCGGGGAACAAUAUAUCUACACUUGAGAGAUGGAAAUUUAUGUCUGAUAGGGGACCAUGUUAUGUAAGGAAUUCAAUAUCAGUUGAUUAUUUUCAUAAAAAAAUUAAUUUAUUUCAAAAUAAUGGAGAUCAUUUACUUAAAUGAGAACAUUUAAAAAAUGAGCAAUAUCUUGAUUUGUUCAAACAAUGUGUUCUGUUAUGUGUCUUUACAAUUUACCGAGACAUAAUUUAAUGUAUGUAGUUUUCCAGAAUGUUAAGAAUACAUAUGAAAUUGAAAAAAAAAAUCUUAUUAACUAUAACUAAAUAUGUGUGAUAUUACAAACUUCCCAGUGAAUUUCAAUAAAAUGUUUGUGAUUGUCAACAAACGUCUUCUUUUAAUUAUAUUUAUGAAAAGGAAAAAUACCUCUUGAAUAUCACUUAAAGCUUCCUCUGUUUGCAGUUGUCUAUUCAAUACCCUAUUUUAAGGUUGUGUUGUAUGUAGUUUACUGCUCUCAUCAGCUGGCAGAUGACGUUCUUAUGCAGAAAUAAAAACCCAAUCCAAAAAUCCUAGCUGCAUAUAAUAGAAAUGUGCACAGCUAGUGAAUAGACAGAUAAUUAGAUGUAAAUAUCUAGUGAAAUAUUUAUCUUCGUGACCCUGGUAGAGGAUUACCCUCUACCAGGGCAACAGAUGGA